AUGAAGAUCUCCAAAGUAGUAGCUGUACUGUUGAGUAUCAGAUUGGUGGAGGCAAAAGCCGUGUUCGCUCAUUUCAUGGUAUCAAAUGUCGCUGGUUGGGGAGUCAGUAACUGGGAAUCGGACAUCAGUCUCGCUCAAGCUGCCCACAUCGAUGCAUUCGCUUUGAAUGUAGCCUGGGGUGAUGCCAACAAUGUUCCCUCUUUGAAUGCCGCCUUCCAGGCCGCCGCCAACAAAGGUUUCAAGCUCUUCUUUUCCCUCGACUAUGGUGGAAAUGGAUACUGGCCCGAAGAAGACACACUCAGUAUUCUCCAAAGCUACAUCAACCGUCCUGCAUAUUACAGACACAACAAUCAACCCUUCGUGUCCACGUUUGAGGGACCCUUGGCUUCUGAUCAAUGGGUACGAUUGAAGAAGCAGACAGGGGCAUUCUUUGUGCCAGAUUGGUCUUCGAAGGGCGCUUCUGUAGCUUCCGGAUUGAGUAAUGGUGUUGUAGAUGGGCUUUUCAACUGGGCCGCCUGGCCAUACGGGGCAGAUGAUAUGUUCACGGUCAUCGAUGCUUCAUACGUCAAUUUCCUCAAAAGCAAACCAUACAUGAUGCCCGUUGCUCCAAUGUUCUUCACAAAUAUGCCAGGCUUCGACGGGAAAAACUGGCUUUGGAGGGGGGAUGAUCUUUGGUAUGAUCGUUUGCAGCAAGUACUCACAGUACAGCCUGAAUGGGUGGAGAUCAUCAGCUGGAAUGACUACGGAGAGUCCCACUACAUUGGUCCCCUCCAUUCUGAUGGAUACGAAGCAUUUGGUCGUGGAAAGGCACCAUUCAACUAUGUCGAAAACAUGCCUCACGAUGGCUGGCGAGCAUUCCUUCCUUAUGUCAUUGAUCAGUACAAGAACGGCCAGGCUACAAUUCAAAGAGAGGGCGUUACUGCAUGGUUCCGUCUGACCCCCGGAAACGCAUGUGGGAGUGGAGGAACAACUGGGAAUACGAUAAGCCAGCAGCAGUGCGAAGUUGAUCCCGCAAAGAUUUCACAAGAUAGAGUAUUCUACUCGGCCCUGCUCGUGUCCGACUCAACGGUGGAAGUGUCCAUUGGUGGGUCAGUGCAAGCGGGAACCUGGGACAACCGUCCACAAGACAACAUUGGCAUCUUCCAUGGUAGCGUUCCUUUCGGUGGAAGAACUGGCAAUGUCGUGGUGACAGUCAAGAGAAGUGGUGUCGUUGUCGCACAGAUGACUCCAUUUGCCGCACCCUCAACCGAUGGGCCUUUCCCAACUUGCUGGAAACAAGAAUGCAUUGCUGGAAGAGGUAAUGGAAACUAUGAUGGUCUUUGCAGUUUUAGUUGUGGCUUUGGAUUUUGCCCGAAGCCAUGUACCUGUUCUCUCACAGGAAAUGCGAAAACUCCGCCGGAAAGCAAUGGCAAGACAGGCUGUCCAGUAGCCGGACUAAGCGCGGAUUACGUUCCUCUCUGUGCAUUUGUCUGUUCUCAUGGGUAUUGUCCUGAGGGCGCUUGCACUUUGCAACCUGCUGGAACGAUAUGCCCAACAGCCCAGCCUGAAACCGCUGGUUGGAGAGAUGUCACCUGUGACUUGGGGACUUUGCCGAGUGAUCUUGAAGAUCCCGCUCAGAGGUGGAAGGACGCACAAGCCGAUGCUGCUUGGGCGGAUGCUCUCCAAAACUACAGAAAUUACCUGAAAAAUAACCCAGGUACCAAGAGGCAAUUCAUUGAAAUCAUCGCAGAUUACUUCCAUGGUACAUCUUCAAGGCGUUGCUCAGAUCCUUCAGAUGAUGUUUGCAAUCAAAUCAUUCAAUGUGGGCAGAAGAAUGGGCUCGGUGUUAAUAGCCCAGCUGGAUACAUGAUUCUCAAUUCCAUUUCCAAUUUACAUAACAUGCUCUAUGCCUUUGACAAAGCGAUCACGGACACCAAAGCAGAAUUCGCACUCGGCAGUUCCACCGUCGUGGCUGAAUUCGUAAAUUUCAGUGCCUCAAACCAGUUCGCAGUGACUACGGACGUCCUAGGUCUUCUUUUCGGUCUCGCUGCUGGCCUGACAUUCAAUUCUUGGCUCAAAAACAUUGCAGCUUUCAAGAAUCAACCCGAAGCAUUUGACAAUAUCAAAGACGGCGUGAAUAACUUGGUCAGCGGCGGUAUUAAUCUGAUUAAAGAUACCAAUCUUGGCGGCGCAGAUGGGGCUACUGUCGCAGCAGCAUUCGACGUCUUUGCCGCCGAAGUCCUACGAUUCUUCACUAUGGCCAACCAAGAAUCAGCCCGUAAAUUCUUUGAAGGAGCCGUUGGACCUUACAACACCGACUUCCUGACUGCAGCACUCAAAGGUGGCGCAUCUGCGCAACCAAUGGCGCCAAACGGAGCAGAGAUCAGAGAUCACCUCUAUAUGUCGAUUGUCGGACUCCUUAUCCCUCAAGCGUGGACCAUUGGAGGUUCGGCAGCGACUGGGGGAAUCCACCCUUUCAUCAUGAAUGCAGCAGGUCUUCCUCGAAAGGCAGGUACAACAGGUUGCGAAGGCUGGGAUCCAUCCGCGUAUUUCGAAAACCGUAAGAUUGGAGUCAACGCAUUCGUAUGCGCCUUUGGUACCGAGCCAUAUUGGAUUCUUUUAGGUCAUCAAUACUGCUACAGUGGACCUCGGCCGAAUCAAGCCCCUUGUACCUACGAUGUUAUCAGUUUACCACCUGGACUGGACACAAUCAAUGGGGUGAAUAACGGCGGGUUAAGGAAGGAGAUGUUGGUUUCAAGCGCCGUCGUCCAAUUCCACAAGAAGGAGAAGAAUGACCUUAAAUUACCCGAUCUCUCCAUCGAAGACAACAUCAUCAAUCUUGCACAACAGGGCAUUAGCACGCCCGGGAUGUUUCCACUGCCUAUCUGUGGAAUCCAGGAGGCACUUGACAACUUGCAUUUUCCACCUGAUGGGAAUCCAAAUUAUCCUUGCAAUGCAUAG